GCAUAUUAUUUAGCUCGAUGUAAAUAAUGCUUUUCUCAAUGGUGAUUUAUUUGAAGAGAUAUACAUGGAUCUGCCAUUGGGUUACAGAGAAUAUGCAGGACUUGAUCUUCAGGGAGAACAUCUUGUUUGUAAACUCCACAAAUCAAUCUACGGACUAAAGCAAGCUUCACGACAGUGGUUCUCAAAAUUUUCAAGUGCCCUUAUUGCUCAUGGAUUUACUCAAUCCAAAUCAGACUAUUCAUUAUUCACUAAGGGUACUGGUAAUGCCUUCAUUGCUCUUUUAGUCUAUGUUGAUGAUAUCCUCAUCACAAGUUCCAGUCAGCUUGAAAUCAAUCAACUCAAAUGGUUCCUGCACAGUCAUUUUAAAUUGAAAGACCUUGGCAACUUAAAGUAUUUUCUUAGGUUGGAGAUAGCAAGGUCUAAGAAGGGUAUUUUCUUAUCACAAAGACAGUAUACGUUGCAGUUGCUUGAGGAUACUGGCUUUCUAGCAUCUAAACCAGCUGCAUUACCCAUGGAUCCCAAGCUCAAACUCAGUUCUUAUGAAGGUGAUCUCAUAGUUGAUGCUUCCAUGUAUAGGAAACUCACUGGUCGACUUCUUUAUCUCACUAUAUCCAGGCCAGAUAUUACGUUUGCUGUACACAAAUUGAGUCAAUUUGUAUCCCAACCUAGACAGCCACAUUUGGAUGCUGCCCACCAUCUUCUACAAUAUAUUAAAGCUAGCCCAGGUCAAGGGAUUCUAUUUUCCGCACAAUCUUCCUUGCAAUUACGUGCAUUUGCAGAUGCGGACUGGGGGUCUUGCCUCGACACAAGGAAGUCAGUCGCAGGCUUUUGCGUGUUCCUUGGGGAUUCUCUGAUUUCUUGGAAAGCCAAGAAACAAACUACCGUUUCUAGAUCAUCAGCUGAAGCUGAGUAUCGAGCAUUAGCUUCUACUGCUAGCGAACUUACUUGGCUUACUCAAUUACUUGGUGAUUUUCAGACAUCUACCAAAGACCCCACUGUUAUAUUUUGUGAUAAUCAAGUGGCAGUUCACAUGGCUUCUAAUCCUAUAUUUCAUGAACGUACUAAACACAUCGAGAUAGAUUGUCAUUUUAUACGAGAUAAGGUGGCUGAUGGUUCUGUCAAGCUUUUACCUGUUCGUUCCAACCACCAGUUAGCUGACAUUUUCGCAAAAGCCUUGCCAGCUCCUUUACUUUUUUCUCUUUUGUCCAAGAUGGCUGUGAUCAAUCCACACAUUCCAUCUUGA